AUGCAGUCGUUCGAGACUAUCAUCUCCAGUGAUGGAGAUAAACGCGUGUUCGGGGUCAACAAUGCGGCCUUGCACAUAGCUACCCUGCGGGCGAAGCCCCGGCUGCUCACGAAGCGGAUGAUGAAGUUGUACUGGUGCAUUAUCGUAGCAACCCUCAACUCCUGCAUCAACGGAUACGAUGGCUCCCUGAUGGGCUCGAUCAAUAGCUACCGCCAGUACCGCGAGUACUUCGGCUUCGAUGUCGACGAUGGAACGCCGACAACGGGGAUUGUGUAUGCGAUUUACACCAUUGGAAACAUUGUAGGAUCGUUCUUUGCGGGGCCGUUUACUGAUUUCAAAGGCCGCCGCGUGGGCAUGGCUAUCGGCGCAUUAUGGAUCAUAAUCGGAACAAUCGUACAAGCAACCUGCACGAACCUGGGUGGGUUUAUGGCUGGGCGGUUUAUCCUCGGGUUUGGAGUCGCAACUUCAGCAACUGCUGGCCCUGCUUAUGUCUCGGAGAUGGCACACCCAGCCUACCGCGGCGUGAUGACGGGGCUAUACAACGUACUGUGGUUUGGAGGCGGGAUACCGGGGACGUUCAUACCAUGGAGAACGAGCUUUAUUGAAGGGACGCAGAGCUGGCGCAUACCAGUCUGGCUGCAGAUGUUUUUCUCGGGAUUGGUGCUGUUGCUCUGCUUUACUAUUCCAGAGAGCCCCCGAUGGCUGAUAUCGUGUAACCGCCACGAAGCAGCCAUCCGCGUCCUCGCUGAAUAUCACGGAGAAGGAGACCGGAACUCCCCGCUGGUCCGCCUGGAAUAUCGCGAGAUGGUAGAGGAUAUCUCCAAUGUCGGCUCUGAUAAGCGCUGGUGGGACUAUCGCGAGCUCUUCAACAGUCGCGAAGUGCGAUAUCGCUCGAUGCUCGUCGUCUUCAUGGCAUUCUUCGGCCAAUGGUCCGGCAACGGCCCAGUCUCCUACUACUACCCGCAAAUGCUGCAAGGCGCCGGAAUCUCCUCAAACAACACGCGACUCCUACUGCAGGGCCUCCAAAACGUCGUCCAAUUCAGCGGCGCCAUAUUCGGCGCCCUGAUAACAGACCGCGUCGGGCGCAGGCCUCAGCUUCUCUUCUCGACACUCAUCAUGGUCUUCCUGUUCGCGAUCAUCACAGGGCUCAAUGCCACGAAUGUCACGGAUGGGCCGGACGGCAGUGUCGUCGCCAAAAGCGGCAUGACGGCGCGCGCGCAGAUUGCGAUGAUUUUUGUCUUUGGGUUUGUGUAUUCAGCUGGCUGGACGCCGAAUCAGGCCAUGUAUCCCGUCGAGUGUUUGAGGUAUGAGAGUCGGGCGAAGGGGAUGGGGAUGAGUAAUUUUUUCAUUAACAUUGCCUCCUUCUACAACACGUUUGUGACGGGAAUCGCAUUCACGCGCGCCCGGUGGAAGUACUACUUCCUGUUUAUCUGCUGGGAUACGCUCGAAGUGGUCGUUAUUUACUUCCUCUUUGUCGAGACGAGCAAGCGGACGCUGGAGGAACUGACUAUGAUUUUCCAGCAGCCCAGCCCUGUGAAGGCAAGUCUGGAUAAAGAGGAGAUCUUUGUUUCUGGGGAUGAUAUUGUGGAGGUUCGGAGGUGGUAG